AACCUGAAUUUUAUUUCUUUUUGGUAAUAAUAAAAAUAGGAUAAUAGCCCGUUCGGAACCAGCCCAAGAUUUAUACAAAAUCACUAACUUAAAAUGGCUAUUGGCGAAAGAUUUACUUUUUGAUCUUCAAGUUCUAUAUACAAAAAUAAAUAGAAAUAUGCACGUAGAAAUAACAAGUUACGGUAUAAAAGUUACUGCAACUGAUGGAAUAGGUUCAUCUCAACCAAAAAACCUUAAGCCUGUUAAUGAUGAAAAAGGAAAUGUUUCUUAUUAUCAACGAUUCACAAAUAAAGAUCAAAGAGCUGAGCACUGGCUACAAAGGUUAGGCAAAGCCCUUGCUGAUUAUUUAAGGAAAUAUGGCAAAAUGAAUAUCUCAAAAGAAAAUGAAAAGUUGGUCGAUUUUCCUGAAGGUUACGUUCUUUACCAACACAAUAAAGAAUAUAAAGACAAUACUAAAUCACGACAUGAUCGUUAUCUCUAUGGUGCUUAUAAGUUCCGAUCUCCAAAAGAGUUUGAGCCACAUUUAAUUUGGCUUGUUUCUGGCCAAGUAAAUAAUUGUAAAUGUGUUUAUUGCAAUAAUAGCUCUAGAGGAAUUAAUAAUGGAAAAAGGAAAGAAUCAACAUUAGAAAAAACAAUAAAUGAUAGAUCAACAAAAAAGAUCAAAAAUGAUUCAGAAGCGAAGAAAAUAGAAGUUGAGAAUGUUAAUAAACCAAAAUUUGCAAAGACAUUAUAUAGAAGAGGAGAAAUUGUUAUGGUUAACUUAAAUAAAACUGGAAAAGCUCACCAUACUGAACUUAUAAGAAAUUCUUCAGAUGAAAAUGAUAUAUCAAUUUUUUAUUGGCCUGGAGUAAUUUUAGAAACUAGUAAAGUUCCAAUAACAGAUAAUAUGUCUGAUGAUACAGCUUCUGCGAAUUCUGAUGGUUGUGGUAUUAUUUAUAAGGCUUAUUAUAAAAUCCAUUUGUUAGAAUUAUCUGAAGUUAUUCAAGUUGAUCGAAAAACAUUGUUGCCAUGGUUAGCUUGUAAAAAAGAAAUACCGAAAAGUUUUAUUAAUAAUAAUAAAUUAGGUAAGUAUGAUUUAAAUUUAUUUUUUUCCUUUUUUUUUAAAAAAAAAAUUUGAUAUUUACUAAUAGAAUUAUUCUUAUAAAGAGCCAAAUGUUAAGGCAUAUAUUCAAGCUAUUGAUCGAGUAAAUAAGAUUUCUAAUAUAU